AUGUCCAGUGCCACGGUUGCCAACGCUCGUCUCGCCUUUCAAUCGGUCGCUCGGAAAGCCGCCCGCUUUACUCCGACCGUGGGGGCCUCGCAAACCCAGAUCCGUUUCCACCAUCCUGAUCCCUUCAACCCCAAGGUCACCAAAGGAUGGAAGGCCGCUGUCAAGGAAGCUGAGUUGCCGACAACGCGGGCGGAUCAAGAAAUUGCCAACGCCCUCCACUUGGGUUUACAGGGUGCCAGCAGUAUCGAGGACAAGUCGAUACCGACGUUUUCCCGUGGUGAACUACCACACUUUGCCGGUAUCAAUACCUUCCUCAAGGCUCCGUACGUCGAAGAUGUCCGGGACGUUGGCAAGUACGACGCCACCGUCUUUGGCGUGCCCUUUGACGGGGGUUGUACCUACCGUUCCGGUACCCGUUUUGGCCCUCAAGGAAUCCGACGCAUCUCGGCAUUGUACACUCCGUACAAUUACGAACGCGGCAUUGAUCUUCGGGAACAAAUGACCUUGUGCGAUGCGGGAGAUGUAUUUACCAUUCCCGCCAACUUGGAAAAGUCAUUUGACCAGAUUAGCAACGCUGUGGCUCACAUUGCGAGUACCGGUACUAUGCCCAUUAUUCUUGGUGGGGAUCAUUCUAUCGGUUUCCCCACCGUCCGUGGGUUGGCCUCGGUGACGACCAAAAACAUUGGUAUCAUUCACGUGGAUCGUCACGCGGACAUUCAGGAAAAGGAUUUGGACGAACGCAUGCACACGACACCGUACUUCCACGCGACCAAUUUGCCCAACGUCAACGCCAAGAACCUCGUCCAAAUCGGUAUCGGUGGAUGGCAGGUUCCCCGCCCGGCUGUGGCCAACAUGGUCGAACGCGAAACUAACAUUUUUACCAUGGACGACAUUGAAGAAUACGGUAUCGAAAAGAUUGCCGAAAUGGCUUUGGAACGUGCCUGGGACGGCUGCGAUGCGGUCUACAUGAGUUACGACAUUGACAGCAUCGAAGCCGCAUUUGUGCCCGGCACGGGUUGGCCCGAACCGGGCGGUCUCUUGCCUCGUGAAGCCCUCAAACUAGUGGGACUCGUGGCCGCCGAAGGUCUCUGCGGCAUGGAAGUCGUCGAAGUCAGCCCGCCCUACGAUCACGCCGACAUUACGUCCCUCAUGGCCUUGCGCAUCGUCGUAGACGCCCUCGGCUCCAUGGUUUCACACGGAACCAUGGGCAAACAUAAGCACAUUAUCGACAAGGAAUUCGUUCCCUUUUGA